AUGGCGACCAAGAAGGUAGAAGGGCUUGAGGAACGCUUUAAAGGGGAUAUGUGCCAAAUGAAAUCAAUGGUGGAAGGUCAAAUUUCAUCUGUAGAAGACAAGGUCUCAUCCGUGGAAGACAAAGUUUUUGAUCUUCAUGUGAUGAUGAAGAAGCUAUUAGAAAAUAUAAUUCAAAUGGCGGCAUCAGAGACAAAAGGGCCACAAGUACGCGCUCUGGAACAGAGCUUCGAUGUGGAAAACCGGCUCGAGCCAUAGCGGAAGGCUCGUUUAGCUCAAGAUCUGGGCCUCCAGCCUUGCCAAGUCGCCGUCUGGUUCCAGAACAGGCGCGCGAGGUGGAAGACGAAGCCGCUCGAACGCGUCUUCUCCGCUCUCAAGUCGCGCUACGACGCCCUGAGGCUCGACUUCGACUUCGACUUCGACUCACUUCGCUCUCAAGUCGCUGCGUUGAAGUUGGGCGAAUUGGUACCUCCUAACUGGAGGGAGAUUGCUCAUGGAAUGCUUGCUGAGAGAGCAUUGGAACAUAUCUUACCUUCUGAAGAGGAUUUUCCUUACAUUGUUCGUGUUGAAAGUACCAUUACUGAAAGUAAUGGACCCUAAAGGUAACAUCUUGGAAAUUUGCCCAAGAUGUUUGUUUUGGUUCCUUUUUCACGAUUUAAUUGCUUUCUAUUACAAUUGCGAGGACGUCGGAAGCUGCCCAGAGGGCGGCGGCUGCGGACGGUGUCAUCCUAGCGGAGAAACCGUGGAAUAUGGAGCAUGUGUGGAUGACGGGGCCACCGGAGGUCCAACUAGUGUCUCCGUCAAAGAGUCGGCUUCCGCGGCAGCCACAACGGUUUCGUACCAGUGGCCGUGGGUAGGAAAGACAGAUGGUUUGGCCUCGCCAUCGAUGCAGACGAUGUAUGUCUUUCGGCUGGUUUUCUCCGAGGUGGAGAUGGUCGGAGAAGAAAGAAAAAGAGUACGGCCAGAAACAGAAACGUAAAAUGGUGAUUUUUCUUCAUUUUUUUUUUGUUUUGUUUUUGGUGAGCGAUGUUGGAAUGGUGGACUGUGUGUCCGAAUGUGAUUUCAAAUUUAAAUGUUACAGACCUUGCUUUGUAGGGAAAACAGUGGCCUUCCUUUAUUUAAUUUAUUGCACUUAACUUGCAUCUUUUUAGUUUUUA